AUGCUGAUCGAUUGGUACACCGUGUACAAUAUGUGCCGCCGGGCAGUGGAUCGUAGCCAGGGACAAUUGGUCGACCUCACAAUUCAGAACUACUGCGACGACGAACUCAUUGAGUAUAUUGCUGAUCGGUCACAAAAUCUCAAACGCCUUAAACUUGGAUCUUUUCAUGAGAUCUCAAUAGAUGCUGUGAUUAAAGCGGUAGCAAAACUUCAACAGUUAGAAGAAUUGCACCUUACUGGUAAACCAUGGAUUGUUCCUGCCCACAUUGAAGCUAUAGGAAAUUCUUGCCCAAAGUUGAUAUCAUUCUCAUACAAUGGGCAUGGAACAGAGCAUCCUUUUCCACUAGGAUUGGAAGAUGAUGGUGAUGAUGAUGAUUAUGAUGAUGAUGAUGAAUUUAGUAAAGGAUUCGGACUUGAAGCCAUCCUUAAUGGCUUUCCACGCCCCGAAUCACUUGACAUCAGGCGAUGCCUUGGUCUCGAGCUUGGAGGGAUUUGGGGAAAGAUGCCGUCAGCAGAUAAAAGAUCUUAG